UUCGUCCCCCAGAACUCCUUUUCUUGCUGUCCUCGGCUGGCCUGUUAGCCUUCUUCAGUUGGUUAGUCGAUCCAAGCGCAGUUCUUGACUAGAUUAGUGUCAUUAUAAACGGAAAGUUGAAGGUAGGCCCAGUAUCGUUCGUAUAGAUCAAUAGCAUGGCGGAGAGAAAGUUACAUCAUACUAGUGUGGUGCCAAGGGAUUUUUCGUUCCAGCUGCUAGAAGAUAUUACAGAUGGUUUCUCUAAGGAGCAUAAAGUCGGUAGUGGUGGGUAUGGAGAUGUUUACAAGGGAGUACUGCAUGAUGGGGAAGUGAUUGCUGUGAAGAAGUUAAAUCCCAUGAUGCUAGCACUUGAUGAUGAGCUAUUUGAGAAAGAAUUUAAUAACCUAAUGAGGGUCCAGCAUCAGAACAUUGUACGGUUACUUGGCUACUGCUACGAAACAAAGCACAUACAUAUUGAGAUCGAUGGACAAUUUCAUUUAGCUAAAAUAACAAACAGAGCCCUUUGCUUCGAAUACUUGCAGCAUGGCAGCCUUGACAAGCAUCUUUAUGAUGAAUCAUGUGGACUUGAUUGGUGCACACGCUACAAAAUAAUUAAGGGGAUCUGUGAAGGUUUAAAUUACCUUCAUGGAGGAUUAAACAAACCUGUUUUCCAUCUGGACCUAAAACCUUCCAAUAUAUUGCUAGAUAAGAACAUGGUACCGAAAAUUGCAGAUUUUGGGUUGUCGAGGUUCCUCUUGGAAACAAAAAGCGAUAUAUUGACAGAAACUAUGAAAGGCACGGUUGCGUACAUGCCUCCAGAGUACCUAGCACAACGCCAAAUCUCUAAAGAGUACGAUAUAUUCAGUUUAGGCAUUAUAAUCAUACAGAUAAUAACUGGACCUGAGGGCCACUCCAAAUAUCUUAAAGGGUCUCCCCAAGAAUUUAUCGACCUUGUGCACAAUAAAUGGGGGAAUAGGAUACAGACAACAUCAAUGUACACAGAAGAAUAUUGCCAGCAAGUGAAGAGAUGCAUUGAGAUAGCAAUAAACUGCCUGGAAAUUGAAAGAAAAAAGAGGCCCAAGAUAGGAGAUAUUAUCUACGACUUGACACAGACAGAAUCUGUCAUUCAUGAAGUGUCGAUGCCAUUUUCUGAGGAGUUCAAAAGUACUAGUUUACUACAAGAAGGAAGAGGAGGAGGGGAGGAGAAGAAG